AUGGCGCCCUCAGCCGAGCGUGUCGCUAGCAUCAUGCUGUCGUGGCACUCGCUUGAGCUCGUCUCCUUCACCACUCUACAAACCUUGUGGGCAGGGUACGGAGAAAUAAGUGCCAUGUAUGCUAAAGCUUCCUCUGAUGACGCAGCAAAGCACAUGGAUAAACUUUGCGGGACAGAAAAUGAAGCUGCUGGGAAAACUUACACUCUCAUCCUGAAGCUGAUUUCGCCCCCAAACAAAAGCGGUGGCAAACAAGAUGAAGGACACCUUCGAAAAAUGUUCAGUUAUGAAGUCGAGCAGCACUUUUAUAGCCACUUGGUGCCACUCUUGGGUGAAGAUAUCGGUGUUGCCAGAUGUCUCGCCUCGACUAAAGGCAUGGAGGACCAGAAUGGUGAGCAAGAGCUCAAAGGUCUCAUGGCCACCAUCAUGUUCAAUCUGCGCCAAGAAUUCCCAGUUGAAGGCAAUAGGAGGAGCUUGUUAUCCAGCGCACAGGUGCAUGGAUCAUUAGACUGGCUGGCACGCUUCCAUGGCCGGACACGGGAUCUGAUACAAAGUGGGCUUGACAUUGGCAGACACGUCUUGCCACCUCUUGAGGAAUCAGUAAAAAGACAAACUGCAGCCGAGGAUAUUGGCACCGGGAUGUGGCUCAACGGAGGGUAUACGUAUCUCGCUACACGGCGCACAGAGUACCAGUCUCUGGUCGAGGAUACAGACUCGGAGUGGUCCGAACUGCUCUGCGAACCGUUCGAAGGGUCCUCACUAUCCGUGGCUGAGAUGGCUGCCUUGUUCUUAACUCCCUCUGGCAGACCCAUGGAGUCGUACAUUCACGGCGAUGUCAAGUCAGAGAACCUCUUCACAAACCGCAGCGGAGAGAAAGUCGCGUUCUUUGAUUUCCAGUAUGUUGGGCUGGGCCUUGGUGUCUGUGAUCUUGCCAAGCUGUUCACUUGCUCGGUUCCUCUGGGCAUGCUGGUUGAUGAUGAUGAAUACUUCUCAAAGACGCUGUCGAUGUGCGAUGGCGAGAGGCGGCUCUUAGAGUAUUACCAUAAGGGCCUCAUCCUGGAUGGCCAGACGGAUGCAUAUGACUGGGCCACAUUCAGACGACACUGGGAGACGGCUCUCGUGGACUGGUGUAGGUUUCAGGCAUCUUGGGGCUUCUGGGGAAACACGGAGUGGCUUGAGGCCCGUGUGAGAUCGAUCGUGGGUGACAGGGACUGGAGGAAUUGGCUUCAUCAGAAUGUCAGCGGUGAACAAUAG